UACACAGGUCAGUCGACACGGGUCGAGGUGCUUACAAACAAACUGACCAACAAGUACAAUGUAGUCUGCCAUGUACUACAAUUCAGCAUUGGAAGUGAACGCUGCCUUCAUUAGUAUACUCUCAACGAAUUAGAACCUUUUUUCGUAGCACUCAAGUCGGUAAGUGUAAAACUCUCCAUUAGCAGCGAUCCAUGCAGAGCUUGAGCAUAAAACAAUCCUAAAGUUGGAUAUCACCAUGGGCCUGACGGUGUAUGGAUCCGGUAUCUCGCCACCAAGUCGCAGCGUUUAUGUAUUCUGCAAAGUCACUGGUAUCCCGUAUACAGAUAAAACUAUACAAAUGACAGAAUGGGAACACAAAGGAGAAGCCUAUCUGAAAAUAAAUCCCGUCGGGAAAGUCCCGUGCAUCGUGGACGAUGACUUCAUUCUCACUGAAUGCUUUUCGAUCUUAAAGUAUCUGGCGGAUAAGCACAAGGUAGCCGAUCACUGGUACCCGGCUGAGUUGAAGGCCCGAGCGAAAGUGAAUGAGUAUCUGGACUGGCACCAUACUACUCUCCGGAAGGCGGUAUCAGCCGUCAAACACGAACAGGUUUGGAACAAAUUAAAGUUUGGAAAGCCAACAGAUGAAGCAAAACUCGUCAAAGAUUAUGAGUUCCUCGAUGAAGUACUUGGACAUCUGGAAAAGAUAUUUCUUGGCGAUGAUGCAUUCUUAUUCGGUGGUGAGAUAAGCAUAGCGGACAUUUGUGUCAUGUCAGAGAUAUCGAACAUUGUUCCAAUACAACGGCGUGACAUACUGGCGAGUCACCCCAAGCUAGCGGCAUGGAAGGACCGAGUGACCAAACGUCUCAACCCUGCAUACGAUGAAGUUUACCGUGAUUUUCGCAAAUUGGAGUCGGCCAUCCCCAUGUCAAAGUUGUUUGACGAAAAUGCCCCCGUCGAAAACUUGUAAUUCUCGACAAUCUUACCUUCAGAUACUCUACUUUUUGUACAAUGUGCUCAGCAUUUAUUUCCAUUUUUUUUAAAUACUGUAUUAUGAGGUAUUUCCGAUGUAAAAAUCAUAUCCACUGGUGUAUAGCGAUUGCAUAAAAGUAUACACACGUUUGUUAUGUUGUACACGUGUCAAAUACUGUUUAUAUGAAAUCCAAGAUGGCGUCUGCCGUUGUUCUUUUGCUACGAUUGGUUAACAGCUGGUAAAUAAUUUUAUCGUUUGUGAUUAGCCACAAAUAUACCUUACUUUAUGAGUGUAUAUUAUUUACAUUAUUUCAUGCUCAACAAACUUUUAUGGUUUUGGUGCACAUUGUAAUGAAACUUUUCCGGUGGUUAAAUUAAGUAGAAAAACGAUGCAGAUUAUCGUCUGCACAGUGUUCUGUAAGGCUAAUUAAUAUUCAUGAGAUGAUGUCUUACAAUUUUUAUCAAUGAAAAUCAGGUUUGUUUGUAAUAUGCAUUCUCGAAUUUGAUGAAUGGAUAUCUUUACAAGCUAGGUUUGCGCUUAAUUAAUUAUUUCUUUUAUUCAAUGGAAAGGACAAUUAUCACAGAAUAUUUUAGCACUUUCAUUCAGUAUAAAUCUGAAUAAAAUACGUGUUUCUGA